CAUCCUUCGCGUGCUUCGCGUCCCUUGCUAUUCAUAUGAUAAUUCUUAACUAGGGACUAGGGGGGAGGAGCCUUAACUAGGGGAGAGGUACUAUUCAUUUUCAAUCAAACGAGCAAAAGAUAAGUACAACUGGAGAUGAAACGCAUAAUUGCGGAGCAGAAAAAGCUGGAACUGUUUCAGCUCAUCCGUGAUGAACGCAAGACGCUUUAUGGAGAGUUUAAGGGCCCCAACGCCCGCUCGCGUAGGCUUCAAGAAUGGGGUCGCAUACGCGAGCGGGCCAUUCAACUUGGCCUGAUAAAUGACGCAACAUCGACGCGAAGCAUGUUGCAGGGUGUCAUAAAAAACACCCAAGACCGGACAAAAAAAAAAUUCCAGCAGAAGAACCAGUCGGGUCCAGGUGCAGUGGUCUGGACCGAGCUCGACGACACCGUCAUGGAUUGCUUGGGCAGAGACAACUACCUGACGUCGUUUGAAGUUCCUGGCGGGAUUACCUGGGGCCAGCUGACGACGAAUCAGCAAGAAGCCGUCCCAGAAACCGCACUAACAACCGCGGUAGAAACGUCACCAGCGCCCAGUAUCUACUUCACUGCUGAAGACGUCCGGGUGAUAGGGCUGGGCACGCCGCUCGCCCAGGCUCCGGCGACCAAUGCGGCCCCGUUAACCAGCACGGUCCCCUCGACCAGCGCAGGCCCGUCAAACGCAACGGUCCCUUCGGCUGGUCCGUCCCAGGGGAGCGCCACGGCUCUCUCGACCGGCGAGGCCUCGUCAGCUGACGCGGCCCUCUCGACUGGUGCGGCCCAGGCAUCGGAGAGAAACCGCGAUGAGAUUGAAGCUCGCCUUCAGCUCAUACGCUCAACGCCGCUCUUCAGACGGACGCCGGAGGAGGUCACGCUGCUCCGCACCUACCUCAGCUUACAGAUCCUGGAGGACAUGCUGCAGGAAGGAACUCCCAGAGCAACCCUGGCUUAUGUGCUAUGAGCAGGGGUGCGGAGCCGCAGCCGGAGCUGGAGCCGGAGCCGCCGGAGCCGGCACAUUUUGCCCGGAGCCGGAGCCGUGAAACAAUACAGCCUGUAGACGGAGGCGGAGCCGGAGCUGUCAAAGAUGGUGGCGACUCCGGCUCAUUUUUUUUUUAGGAAUAAAUUAACUUACUUAGAUCGAUUUGACAGUACUAGGCAAUAAAAUAUGUUAUACGUACGUCAUGGGUCAUCACGUGAAUGAAAGAAGCUGAAUACGUAUCCCCAGUGUCCCACAGUACGCAACCAAGCUUG